AUGGAAUAUCUUGGUGGUGGACAUUACAAUCUUUCUAAACUCCGAUCAUUGCUGUUUUUCGAUGUUGAUACUUCUCCUUCAAGCUGCUCCAUGUCCAAGUUUUUGGGAGAUGGAUUAAGGUUUCUCAAGGUAUUGGAUUGUCGUGGUGCACCUUUGGACAAGUUUCCAAAAGUGAUUCUCAAACUCUACAAUCUGAGAUAUCUAAGCUUGAGAGAAACACAGACCAUUGGUUUUAAAGCAUCACCAGGAAUUGAAACAUUGUCGUGUUUGCAAAGUCUUUGCUUCAUUGAAGCAAGUCAAAGUUUUACUGCUGGUUUAAUGGAAUCCUUAGGAAAACUGAAGCAACUGAGGAGGUUAAGUAUUCUGAAACUAAAAGAAAGUGAUGGAUAUGCUUUAUGCUCAUCAGUUCAGAAGACGAGGUUUCUUUACUCAUUAAGCAUAGAAUCAGAAAAUUCCAAUGAAAUUCUCAAUCUGCAGAAUAUAUCAUCAUCACCUCAAUGCCUUAAGAGAUUGCAUAUGUCAGGUCGCUUGGUGAAAUUACCAUCUUGGUUAUCUUCACUUUCAUGUCUUGUAAGAUUAUAUUUACGGUGGAGUAAAUUAGAGGUUGAUCCACUUAUUCAUCUUCAAGCUUUGCCAAAUUUAGUGCAACUUAUAUUUGAACAGGCUUACAAUGGAAAAAGAUUGCGUUUUCAAACAGGAGGUUUCCAAAUGCUUAAGAUUUUGAUGUUUGGAAAAUUGGAGAGAUUAGAAGAGGUUUUAGUGGAGGAAGGAUCAAUGCCUCGUCUUGAAGAACUAUGGUUUAGAGACUGCAAAUUGUUGAAGAAAGUUCCUUGUGGAGUUGGAUUCCUUACUGAGCUUAAAUAUCUUGAAUUUGUUGAUAUGGCUCCUGAGUUAAUCAGGAGGCUCGGUAGAAGUAAAAUAUAUGAAGACUAUGACAAAAUAAAGCAUGUUCCUUCCAUCUUUACAGGUAAUCAAAGAGACUGGGGAGUGGAUGGAAACUAUCUUAAUGCAUAA